AUGAAGGGUGGUGGUGGGAUGAAAAAGGCUAACUUUGAGGCUCUGAACGUUGUUGUUGUUGGUGGUGGUGUUGAUUUGGGUGGUGGAGAUGGUGGGGGUGUCAAAGUUCAAAAUUUUGAGGGGAUCAAGGGUACUCGAUUGCGGAAAAGUGAAGAAGAGGAAAAAUCCCAUGUGAAGAGUAAUGAAGGUGAAGAAGAAGAUGAUGGCCCUGAGGGAGAGAAAGAAGAUGAAGAAAAUGUUGCUUGUAGUGGUACUGCUGCUGGGGCUCAAAGAGGACAACAAGGUGUUGUUGUUCUUGGUGAAAAUUUCUUUGAAGUUGAAGCUAUACGUCGUAAGAGGGUGCGCAAGGGUCAAGUUCAAUACUUAAUCAAAUGGAAUGGGUGGCCUGAGACAACCAACACUUGGGAGCCUCCAGAAAAUCUAGAGUAUAUUCCUGAUAUUGUUGAAGCUUUUGAGGAGAGCUUGAUGUCAAGAAAACAUCGUAAGCGGAAACGCAAGCAUAUGGUGCAUGAUACUCAACACAAAAAGUGCAAGCAUACACACUCUUCUCCUCCUCUUAAUGAUCAUAGCCUUCCUGAUAUUCCCGACUUCCCUCAAACUGCGUUGUUUUGUGGUGGUGCUGAAGGCAGCAAUCUUGGAAAAGCCACACCGGCCAGUAAUGCUAACAAGUCUGCAAAUGGUUCAAAACAAAAUAUUGAAAGGAAUGAGGAAAAUGAUUAUGAAUCUAAAGCUAUGACUAUCAAUGGGAAUGAUACAGACAAGCUUGCAAUACAAAUUCCAGAAGCUAAGAAUAAAUUGAAAGAUAUAUAUGGAUAUAUUAAAACUUUUCUAAUCAAAGUAUCUCAAUUUGUUAAAUGAUAUUAUGUUGCAUGUAAUGUAACUAAAAGUAAAAUA